CAAUAACAUGUUUAUUACGAUAAUUUAUUAUCUAAACAAGUUAAGCUUUUUAUAUUAUUUAUUAAUGUAUUAUAAACAUUACUAAUUAACUAACCUUGAUACCGCGGUACCAGACAGAUCGGUAUUAAAAAAUAAAUCAGUGAAUAUUUAACAAUGGAUCGGGAUAGUAGUGAAUUAAUAAAUUGGUUCAAAAAAGCUGCAGGCACAGAAAAAUGUACCGUGGAACUAGAGGGUAAGAAGGAAGAAGGUGAUGGAUACAUAGCCGACAUAAUAUUUGCUAAAGUAAUACUGGAUGAACCCAAUCACAAUGGAAAACAACUACAUUUAGCUGCCAAGGCGAGUAAACCUUCACAUAAAUUACGAAAGUUCCUAUCUGAAAUUUGCCAAAGAGAGGUGGUGUUUUAUAGAGACGUAGUGCCGAUUUUCCAAAAGUUCCAACAGGAGAAAAGCAUUAAAGAACCCUUCCAAGCUUUACCGAAGUGCUACACAGCCUUCGAGACUGAAAAUGCUGAAGUUAUAAUACAGGAAAAUAUGACAACUAAAGGGUACGUGAUGCAUAAAAAAAAAAUCCCGAUGAACAUGAAUCAUAUAAAACUAGCGCUAAGUAAUUACGCGAAAUUCCACGCUAUAUCCCUAGCUAUUAGAGAUCAAAAACCGGAAGUUUUCGAAACAAUCGAAAAAACCUGUUACAACAUUAUGCUGGAAAGAAUGUCUUUGCUCGGUCCAAUGUACGAAAAAUCUGUUAGAAAAGUUAUUAAGAAUUUAAAUGAAGUGGGUAGGAUGGAUCUCAAGAAAAGAUAUGAAAAAUUGAUGGAACCAAAUGUGGUGGAAAUUGUAAAGUAUCUUCUACUCGAUGUUCCUGAUGAUAGAGUAUUAACGCACGCGGAUUGUCACAAUGGCAACUUCAUGUUCGAGUACAAGGAUGGCAACGAAGAAAGCCCUAUAAACAUGGUGUUACUCGACUUCCAAGUCACUUUCGUCUUUUCGCCGAUACUCGACCUAUCUACAUAUUUAUACUGCGGAGCAUCAAAAGAAGAAUUCUCCCAUUUUACGGAACUAAUGGAAUUUUAUCAUGAUGAACUUUCAUCGUUCUUGGCCCAGCUUGGAAGCGACGUUAACAAACUAUUUCCGAUCUCGACGAUGUGGCAACAUUGGAAAAAAUAUUCGUUCUAUGGUUUCAACUAUGCCACAACAUUUUUAGAACUGAUGUUUAUUGACUCGGAUGCUGUGCCUGAAUUUAAAAAGGAACAAGUUUCACCUGAAGAAUUUUUGAAUAUUAAUUUAAAAGAUAAGACCAAAAUCAGUGUUAGUGAAUAUACGACAAUGGAUCGCGAUAGAAGUGAAUUAAUAAAUUGGUUCAAAAAAGCUGUAGGUACGGAAAAAUGUUCCGUAGAACUAGAAGGUACAAAGGAAAAAGGUGAUGGAUACGUAGCCGACAUAAUAUUUGCGACAGUAACACUAGAUGAACCCAAUCACAAUGGAAAACAAUUACAUUUAGCUGCCAAAGCGAGUAAAACUUCACUAGACAUGCGAAAGUUCUUAUCCGAAAUUUGCCAAAGAGAGGUGGCGUUUUAUAAAGAUAUAGUGCCGAUUUUUCAGCAGUUCCAACAGGAAAAAUACGUUAAAGAACCCUUUCAAGCUCUACCGAAAUGCUACACAGCCUUCCUGACUGAAAAUGCUGAAGUUAUAAUACAGGAAAAUAUGUCAACUAAAGGAUACGUACUGCAUAACAGAAGAAUCCCGAUGAACAUCAAUCAUAUGAAACUAGUACUAAGUAAUUAUGCAAAAUUCCACGCGUUAUCCCUAGCUAUUAGAGAUCAAAAACCGGAAGUUUUCGAAAACAUCGAAAAAACUUGCUACAACAUUGUGCUGGGAAAACUUUCUAUGGUCGGAGCAAUGUACGAAAAAUCUGCUACGAAAGUUAUUAAUAAUUUAAAUGAAGUGGGUAGGACAGAUCUUGCGAAAAGGUAUGAAAAAUUGGUGGAACGAAAUGUGGUGGAAAUUGUAAAGAAUCUUCUACUAGAUGUUCCUAAUGAAAGAGUAUUAACGCACGCUGAUUGUCACAAUGGCAACUUUAUGUUCGAGUACAAGGAUGGCAACAAAGAAAGCCCUUCAAACAUGGUGUUACUCGACUUCCAAGUCUCCUUUGUCUUCUCUCCAAUAAUCGACCUGUCUUUAUACCUAUACUGCGGAUCGUCAAAAGAAGAAUUCUCCCAUUUUACGGAACUGAUGGAAUUUUAUCAUGAUAAACUGUCAUCAUUCUUGUCCCAGCUUGGAAGCGACGUUAACAAACUAUUUCCGAUAUCGACGAUGUGGCAACAUUGGAAAAAAUACUCGUUCUUUGGUUUCAAUACGGCCACAGCAUUUUUGGAACUGUUAUUUAUUGAAGCGGAUGAUGUGCCCGAGUUUAAAGAUGAAGACAAUAAGCCAGAAGAUUUUUUGAAUAUAAAUUUGAGAGAUAGGACCAAGUUUUUGGAAAGAUUGGUGGAUAUUAUCGAGCACUAUUUGGAUUUUAAUAAAAUUCAUUAAAAAUAUUGUAUUUUGAAGUAAUAGCU